AUGAAACAUUUUUCAUAUUUGUCUGAAGAUAUUUAUACUUAUGAAAACUUAGUUGAAUUGAAAAGAAUUCUCGAGUUUGAUGGAUUUGGAGUAUCAAAAAUCAUUGAAGAAGACCAAUGCAUCUAGUAUUCAAUUAAUAGGGAAAAAUGUAUUAGAUUAAGUGAUCUAGUUUAUUUUAUAGUAAAUGAUGUUAAUUUUAACAUAGUCUUUUAAAUUAGUUAGAAUCCAUUUAGGCUAGCUUUUGGUCUUACUAAAAUCAUUAGCUGAAAAAGUUAAAUAGCUGCAAUAAGCAAAUAUAGAGCAUCAUUAUUUGGAUUGUAAUAGAAUUUGGCUGAAAUUCAAUGAUUAAGAAUAAGUAUUUAAAAUUUAUUAUGAAACAUAAAAUUAUACUAUUCAUUUUACAGGUUAUCAAUGUCCAAAUUAUGAAGAUUUUGAUGAACAGAAUUUAUCCAUGAAGUCAUCAUAAAAAAUACUCAUUAUUAUAAAAUAUAUUAUUGAUAAUUAUUUUGAUAAAGUAAUACUAUAAGAAAAUAAAAAUGUUGUUAAGAAAAAUAUUAUAGAUCAAUUAUAUUAUGGAAUACAUAAUAAAGAUUUAGAUAAAUUAAUUAAUGAAAUAGAUAAAAUAUAUUAAAGAAUUAUAAAUUUGAUAAAGAUAGAUAAAUCAUAUCUGCUGAUGAAUAUGUUGAAUCUUUAAAAUACUAAAGAUAUGAAAGGAAAAUAUACUAUGAGAAUGACAUAAAAAAAAUUAUGA